AUGAGGAUGACCGACGACACUACGAGCAACGGCCCCCAACACUGCGCAUUAGGCGUCCCUGAUAGUACCACCCAAAGUAGACUAGAGAUGCAACAUACAGACAAUAAUGACAACAAAAACCCGCACAGAAGCAUAAGAAGAAGGAAUAUUCUGGGAUGCAAGAGGAAGCGAGUGGACAACGGCGACGCCAGUACUUUAGAAACGAGCAGCAGGCAAACUGGAGGCUGCUUGGAUAGCAUACGACUGCUGGACGUCAAAACUCUUCUGACACUCUUGUGCCUUUGGCUGUCUCCCGUGCAUCCAUUAUCCUGGGAUGAUCAGGUCUCAGCAAGCAGUAGUAGAGGGAGUGGUAUUCGGCGGUCAAGAUAUAGAACUCCCGGAGAAAUUCCUGUGGACUAUCGGGAUGCCACUGGUGGACCCCCCUUUUCCUCCAAGGAUGCAUUGUCUUCUUUAUCCUCUCCCGCUCCAAGAGUGCUACAAGAGGAGCCACUGCAAUCAUCAGAUCCAACUGGGAACAGCACAACCCCGCCGAUUACUAACGGUACCACCCGCGAAGAGGCCCUUGCCCACCUUUUAACCCGCUCUGGUUACUACACACCUUUUGGAGAAGAACCUCUGUGCUGGGUAACCUACAACGCCACUGCAUUUCCUCAUCUUCUCAACUCCAAAGUCUUUACCGAACCAAUGUUUUUCCCCAAUCCACUGGUCAACGAAUUUGCCUACGUUCCUGGAGAAGAGGUCCUGCUACCGACUUGCUUUGACCAUUCCAGUCUCAGCAUACAAAAACCAAUAGAAUCCAUUCAGGGUGGACGACUGCGGACGGAUCAGACCUACGAAUACACGGUCAACUUGACACUGGACUUUGCUAGCAUUUUACAAAUGCAACGUGGCACUGUAGGGGAUGCCGUGGUGACUUCCACUCCCAACACUAAUGGAUCCCAAGUGGCCGUACAAGUCAUGCACUGUGUCUUGGGGAAGAGUGGCGUAUGCGCACCCUUCUUGCAUGAGCAAGCGUAUGCCAAGGACUAUCUAGAGACGGGGGUGAAACCAACCGCAUCCGCACCGGGGUCUAUUCACGGGGAUACCCACAUUCAUUCCAAUUUUGUUCUGCUGGACUUGGAACCCAAUCAAACCGUACUGGAUCGGUCACUGACAAUCCCAUUGCAGGUCAAUGUGGAAGGAGAUUACUUUGUCAUUGCAGCAGUCCAAUUCUACACGGGGGAUGCUGCUUCCAACGUCGCCUACUAUCGUUGGGAUAUGGCCAACGCCAUGGCCAGCCAAAAUAGGGUUGUGACAUAUCAAAAACCAGCAGUUAUACAACGAGUUUCCAGGGAAGUUCGGAUCAUUUCCUAUGUCAUUAUCGGUGGCGCGUCCCUCGUCAUUGUGUUCCUCAUUGUACAAGCCAUCAAGUAUCGACACGAACAAGUGCUGCAGCUUUCGCAGGGUGACUUCUUGAUAGUGUUUCUACUGAGUGCCCUGACGGCGACAAUCUGCACAUUCAUGAUGGAGCCCAAGAACGAUCUUUAUUGCAAUCUUGGAAAUACGCUGGUCUUGCUGCCAGUGCACCUCAUGUACGCCAUCACCGCUGGUCGUCUCUGGAGAAUCAAUGCCGUGAUCAGUCCUCUCCUGGUAGAACACAUGCGCACAAAGAGCAGAUGGACCAAUCGGUUCGUAGGAGCGGUCGACGCCCUCUCUAGUUCCGUCACUCUGCAUGGGGGGCAUCGACCAACCAGAGAAGUGCGGCGGUCAAUUCCCAAACGACAACUUGCACUUGUGGUGACCAUGUUUGUGUCACCUCAAAUCUUGCUGCAGAUUGCUGAACUGGUCUUUCAACCGCAAAAGCUUGAAAUUGAAUACAACAGCGAUGAGAGCAUUGGCCGCUACACCUGCCGGACAUCCAGCAACAACCUUGGCUCCACCAUUUUGCUCUAUGCGCUUCUGGCCUUGCUGAUAUUGAUUGUCAUUGUUCUUUUCGUGGCAUAUUCCAGUCGAAAGUUACCCUCGCUGUUCAAUGAAACGCAGGUCAUUUAUGACUCUACGUUUAUCUGCGUGGUACUGGUUGUCCUUGGGUCUGGGGUUAUUGUGCUGACAGACACGGCGACUACGUCUCCGGAUGUACAGUAUGUUGUCGUAGUUGUCGUGACGCUUUCAAUAACUUUGAACUCGACGUUGCGGAUUAUGAUCCCCAAAUUGAAAAUGAUAUGGAAGGGAGAGCAAGUCAUCGUUUCAAAAUUGGUGAGCGACCAUCACAGAAAACAACGGGAAAAGGACUUCAAAAAACAAGUCGGGGAUAGAGACCUUUUGCGCAAUGUGACGGGCAUGGACGAAGACUAUGACUACACCAAGAUGUCAUUUUACAAUCGAUCAUUCGGGCCUAGUCAAAUGUCACUGAUGAACUCCACGAGUAUGCCGUCGCUGAAUUACAUACCAGACCCGCCGGUGGUGGACUCUGUUUCGCCCACUGUAGUCUCGGAGUCGUUGCUUACUGCAUCUACACGAAGCCGGCCAAUGCACCUCUUUCCACAGGCUUCCACUGGAGAUGUGACGGCAAAAGCUUCGAAUAUGGUAAUGGCGUCAGAAGAGCUUGGAGCUGACGAUCCAGAGCAGGGGAACAACAACGGGGAAGCGAAAGAAGCUAACAAUGAACAAGACAGGGAAGCACCCGACGAGCCACUAAACUCCAACAAGAAUUCGAAGGAUACUGCUUCAACUGAAAUGGACGAAUCCUUGGAUGUGCAUGAGAUUUUCAGACGUCAAUCAGCUGAGAAUGUAGAUACCAGUAGUGCGAAGCGCGACGUCUCGCCAGUUGGUAAGAAAUCAUCAGAUACCGCCAAAGAAUCAAACGACGCUGCUGUCGAAUCUGAUGCAGAAACUGUUGGCAGCAGCAAGGUCGGUCGACGUCGACGGUGGUCACCUCUUUCAAAAGGCACCGAACAUGCUGAUUUGGACAAAACGCAAGGCAAGCGAAAGUCAAUGUUUGGGCCUGGUGCAGCAACGUUUCGGCGAUUCCCGUUGAUCGGGAAGAGUGAUUUGAUGGACAAAUCUGAGCCAUCACAAACAUCGAAUGGGCCAGUGCGCAGGCGACAAAGCGCGAUGUCUUUCCCAAAUCGGCGAAAAAGCCCAGGAAAAAGAGUAGGGCUUGACAGCAGGUCAGCCCAUAACGGUGAUACCGGAGGCUCAUCACGAUUCCGUCCGAAGCCGUCGCUGGAGCGAAUGAGAGUGGCUCCAGAUGAAACUCCAGCUCGUCGACUAGUUUUGAGGAUGAUUGAUCUUCAAGAGCAGCUGUCGUCGGUGACUUACAAGGUCAUGUCAGGCUUGGCAGUCAGUGAGGACGACUGGGAUUUGUUGACAUCUUUAAACGAGAAGCUCUACACAACGUUUGAAAAAGACGUUGAAUUCAGCUGGCGAGAACCACCAGAGCCAAAAGACCCAGUCACUCCACCCCCAAGUGAUGCAGGGAGCAGGGGGCGAGUACGCAGCAGAAGCGCGGAUAGACUGCCACCAAAACGCAGCAGAAGUGCGGAUAAACUUCCGGCUCAAAUAACUAUUCAGCCUGGUCGGCGAAGUCCACCUGGAUCCCCAAAACGCAACCAAAAAAGGAAGUUCGAAUUGAAACGGGGCAGCGUGGCCAAUCCAUCGGAAGUCGCCGUGGCAUUUCGCAACAUCGUGGAUGUACGCGACCGGCGCAAGUCAAUAGUCAAGCACAAGAAUUGCUUUGUGGGCAAAGAGGCGGUAGACAGUCUCGUUUUCUCUGGAUUGGCAUCAUCCAGGGAAGAGGCUGUACAGAUAGGGCGUGCCAUGGUGAAGGACAUGCACCUCUUCAAGACUGUGAAUGACGAUCUAGAGUUUGAUGACGACGACAGAUUGUACAGGUUUGUCGAUCUCGACGACUACUGGAGUAGCAGUGAAGAGGAGGAAGAUCCAGAGUCGGUCAUUUUCCCAUCAAUCCUCGAAGAAGGACCCCACUUAGGUGACAAAGCACACCAAUUCCGAGAAGCAGUGACGACCAAAGAUUGCGUCUACCGCACUCAGUUCCACAAAGCCGUGUUUAUCGGGGCCGAGGCCGUUGACAAUUUAGUGUACACGGGCGUUGCCGCAACACGAUGGGAAGCGGUUCAACUCGGGCGGAAACUGGCGAGGGAAUACGGUCUCUUCUGCCACGUGACAGAUGAUCAUGAUUUUCAAGAUGACUACCUUUUCUACAGAUACAACAAGGAUGCGGAUGAAUCGAAAACGAACUCGCACUUUUUUGAAUUGAACUCGAUUGCCGAAAAUAGUGAAACUACCCAUCAAGAAGACAGCCGCAAUGAACUUGCCGACAAGGCUGACGCUUUUCGGAUUUACGUUGACGUUCGAAACAGGAAAUACCUCCUUCAAACAUUGAAAGACGUGUUCGUGGGUUCGGAAGCAGUGGAUUCGUUGGUGUUUGCUGGUGUCGCUUCCUCGCGGACUGAAGCGGUGGAGCUGGGCAGGACGCUAAUGAAGGAGCUAAGACUCUUCGCUGCAGUCAGGGGCGAUGACAAAUUCAGCGACAAACGUCACUCAUACUACCGAUUCCACGAUAGCCAUCUCAAACGCCGCAACCCCGCACCGGCAUCCAAAAACAAACCUAUGGAUGAUUGGAUGAUUCAGGAUCUGAGGAACAAAGCGGAGAUCCUUCAACAACUUGUGGAAGUAAAGGAUCGCAAGUACAGGUUUCGGAGGUAUAAAAGUUGCUUUGUUGGAGCCGAAGCUGUGGAUCAGAUGGUCUCAUCAGGUAUGGCCAAAACUCGUGGCGAGGCAGUCCAACUAGGCCGAGCAAUGGAGAGAGAGCUGGAAUUGUUCAAGCAUGUUUCAGUUGAAAAACAAUUCAGCGACGACUACCUAUUCUACCAAUUCAUUGACGCUGACCACAGCAAUGGCAGCUUACAGUCUGAUGGUGCUAGGGCAAUGACAAUCAGUCGAAGACCGAGUGAACACGGAAAGAAGCUAUUUCAGCAGGCUGAUAGGCUUCUUGACAGCAGUAGUAGCGACUCUGAGGACAGUUUUGCUCAAGUGCUAAACAGCAGCAUUCGGAGCGGUGCGUCCAAUGACGUUGUCAGCCUGUUGGGCUCUGAAUUUGAUGGUGGCAAUGACUCCCUCUCCCGUGUUGGUGGGAUUCUAGCAAUGGUCCCUGAACUGGGUGAAAGCAUAAGCGGCGAUUUUGACAUGGAAGCCCCAACGCUCCAUGCUUCAGUGCGGCGAAAAACUGGCUAG